CUGCAUAUGUUAUCUACGAUUAGGCCGCUACAUUACCGAGCGAGCAUCAGCCGCUUCAGUCUUCUUUCUAAUACUGUCGAUAUGGUCGGGGAGCGCUUCGGGUAGCGCGUAGUGUCCAUCGCAAUCGGUAGUGUCUGUCACGAUUGCAACGUGAUAUGUCCUGCAGUCACAGAUUAUAAGCGCGGGUGUGUCGUGACGAAACGUGAGAUCGUGCGUUCGUGCCGUACGCCGUGUCUGAUCGAUGCGGCGCGUCUGUAUUGCAUCAGGCUCGGAGGUCUUCCGUCGGAAUCCCGUGACAUGUCCACGAUGUAGACGUCCGCGAUAGCGGCGACGUUACGACGCGACCAGCCUCGGACUCCUCGGAAGGAUAUUUUCACGUAGCGUGCGCAAAUACGCGACACGUGUCGGGCACGGGACGCCGCGCCUGUUUGAGGAGGAGCAGACCGCGGAAGCCAUACGUCCGUCUCUCUUUCUCUCUCUCUUCCUCACUUUCUCUCUCUCUUCCUCACUUUCUCGUCGUCUGUCCACCUACCCAUCCACCUACCCCCCGGUCUCAUCUUACCCCUUCCUUUCCCUCUUCGGAACGGCACGGUCUUCACAUUCUGCGUCUCUCGCUUUUUUUCUCUCUCUCUUGCCUUCGCCCCCUCCCCGCGUCGCCCUGUGACUGUAAUCCCGUUCCUCCUCAUUCCUACCGCGUACGGCUUGCUGGAACCGGUGUCUUUGGAUUUUUGUGUGUAACCGGUGCACAAGUGGACGCGGCGUGCGAUCAACGAAAGGCGAUUAUAACAAGCGAGAAGCACGAUUGUCGCCAGCGUCGGUGGAUGUUGGUUAUGCGGCACGCUUGAGGAAGCGUGUUCUUGGCAUCAGCCAGAGGGAUUUAGAAAGUGCUUCAGCGACAAAAAAGACUUCAAAAUUCUUCCAAUCAUGCCGAUGGAGUUUUUAGACCGCUUGCCGGUCCCGAACCUUCGGGUGUACACCACCAUAAGCUUCGCCAUACUGUCGUGCUCCAUAUACUAUGCCACUCAAAUAAUCAAGGAUCCUGCUUGGAGAACGAAUCACACACACGUCGAUGUGGGCGCCAACGCUAUAACCGGAGACGACACCGAUCCGAGAAGUUUUGGCACGCAUCUCAAAGAACUCGUAGAAUGCAUGGUGGACGAACCCGUCUGCAUCUGGACUUUAAUCAACAUGGCUUACUGCGUGUUGAUUCUUCUCGGCAAAUCCAUCCAGAAGCUCGUAUUUGGUGAGCUACGUGCUUCGGAGAGGCAACAUCUUAAGGACAAAUUUUGGAAUUUUGUCUUCUACAAAUUCAUUUUCGUUUUUGGCGUUUUAAACGUACAAUACAUGGACGAAGUGGUGCUCUGGUGGGCAUGGUUCACGGCGCUCGGUUUUCUCAGCCUCCUCAGCCAACUCUGCAAGGAUCGAUUUGAAUAUCUGUCCUUUUCGCCCACCACACCAGGAUGGAGUCACGCACGGCUUCUCGGAUUGUUGGCGGCAAUUCUUGCGCUAUCUUCCUUCAUGCUUUUAUUAUGCACCGCUGCAGCCUUCUUCUUCAUAUCUUUCAAUACCUUCGCUUUUAUGGCAGCUGAGUGCAUCUUGCUCGCAGUGCGUACGAUCCAUGUCAUGCUACGCUACGUGAUUCAUCUAUAUGAUACGCGUGGCGCCGGCACUUCGGCGCAACGCUCUUGGGACAAACGCGGUCCCUUGACCUACUACACGGAUUUGACUUCAGAAUUGAUUGUGCUGGCGGUCGACUUUCUUCAUCACGUUCACAUGCUUCUGUGGAGUAACAUCUUUCUGAGUAUGGCAUCGCUAGUGAUUUGCAUGCAACUGAGAUACCUGUUCUAUGAGAUACAACGGAGAAUCACGAAGCAUAGGAACUAUUUAGCCGUACUAAAUCAUAUGGAGCAAAAUUAUCCAAUGGCAUCGCAAGAUGAGUUAGCGGAGAACUCUGAUAACUGCGCGAUAUGCUGGGAGAAGAUGGAAAGCGCUCGUAAAUUGCCAUGCGCGCACUUGUUCCAUAAUUCGUGCUUGCAAUCCUGGUUAGAACAGGACACGUCCUGUCCCACUUGCCGAUUGGCCUUGAGUAUGCAAGCGAAUCAUAGAGAGAGCACUCCGGAGAUGCCACCGGAACCACAGACUCCCACGAGAAGAAAUGGUAAUCAUUUCUUCCUCUUUCUCGAUGGAUCGAGAUAUGUGUCUUGGUUGCCCAGCUUUUCCGUCGAGGUCUCGCACAACAGAUUGCGCGGAAACAUCUCCACAUUGGCACACACUAAUUCUCAAAUGGAUGCUAUGGCGAGACAGGUUCAGCAACUUUUUCCUCAUUAUCCUCGCAAUGUGAUUUUGGAAGAUCUUAGAAUGACCCGGUCAGUCGAGUGGACAGUGGAGAAUAUACUCGACGGAGUAUUAACUAUACCACACCACUUGAUCGAAGAACCACAAGCAGAGUCCGUCCCGCAAACGCAAACGACCAUGAUGAACAUUAUGCCCAGUUCUUCGAUCCAAAAUUCGCCAGAUCCCAGAUUUGAUAUCCCAUUUGCCGACAGCGGAGAAGAGCCCUCGAGUCUUGGUGGGCGUUUCUCGAAAUCAUCUGCCGAAAGAGAACUCAUACUCCAACGGCGAAAAGAGCAUAUGCGAUUAACAGCACGCAGAAGGUAUUUAGAGAAGUAUCGUAAAACCGAGAUUGAUUCGGCAAAUUUGCAGAACACGGAACAGAUUACAUCCUAGAUGUAAAGCAGAAGUCAGACCUGUUGAUAUGAUUUCGAAUAUAGAUCGCAGAGCUUCAUAGCUGUGCUGUCGUUGGUGAGUUGCGUAUUUUUUUUUGUGUUUUUUUUCCGAAUACAAGAUAAGAUCGCGGGCAACGUAUGUACUCUUUGCUGAUGACUGAUCAUUAAAUACAGCAAGAGCAUAUCCGAGAGAUCUCUUUGUGUAUUUAACAGUUAGUGCUCGUAAUUGGUAACGACAAAUUGAGAUCAUAGUCGAGAGAUUAGACGCGAUAACUUUGCUAAGAUUAUCGAGAGGUUGUGAAACGAUAUACUCAUGAUCGAUUAUUAGCAUAUUGAGCCAAUCACUCAAUGCCAUAGAAUAGAAUGAGAGCUACAAUGAGUCGACUAGAUGAUAGUCGAAGAUGGAGUUAAGAUUUUUAUGCAAUCUUACUUAAAUAUCAUGCCGGUAAUAAAACUUAUGAAAUGCCUACAGUGGUGUAAUAUAUGCGCUUUGGAAAAUUCAUUAUUUGAGGAUACAAAUUAAUUACAUCGGACUUUGAUAAAAUCUAUAAAUUGCAUUGUCACCUACUUUACAAGUAAAUUAGAAUAUUUAUUUUAGAGCAUUUUAUUUCUCUACGAUAUCUUAUGUGAUUUGAAAAAUGAUGACCGUGAAACGAUCUCUGAAAUUGACGAUUUUUAAAUAGAUCGGAGUAUUCUGACUGUAAUAUUUAUACCAAAAUUAAUUUAAGAAUGUAUUCGGUGCUUCUUUUAACUUAACAUAUUUAGUGCCAUAAAUGAAUUGAGAAGUGACAACGUGCCAAUUCAAUGAGCAUAGAUCCAUUUAUGCUCAUCAGAGCUUUAAUAGCUGAAAAAGUAAAAGAAAGAAUUGCACGAGUAAAAAAAUAUAUAUAUAUUGACUUGUAACACGCAGUGAUCAAUGAUUCAUCCGUAAGAAAAAUAUAAAAUGCAAGAUUUUUGGUUCCGCGAUGCAACGCAGCCAUUCUAAAGAUACAUUCUGGUAUAUAAGAACAUAUUUGUAUAAUGUUCAAUCAAGUUGGAUUUCUGAGAUAUUUUUCAUAUUUCAUUAUGAAUAUAUUCCAUUACAAAAAAAUAAACUAAAAUAGAAAGUUUUUUAAUCUGUCAAAUAUUUCGGACAAAACAUAGAUAUAUUUAUGUUUCAGAAUUGUAUCUGUUUUUUUAUGUUAAGGUACAUGUUUAGUUGCUACAUUUGAAUCUUAGAUUGCUGAUUGUAUCUUGUAAAAAAAGAAAAAAAAAAAAUAAAAAAAAAUAAACUUGUUUCGCACAAACGCGAAAAUUAUAGUAACAAGUUGUAAAUCUUGUAUAGAACACAGUUUCGUAUGUAACGAGCGGGUUUGGAAGUUUGUGAGAUUUAGAAAUGAAUCUUCUCAGAACAUUUAAUAUAUAAUAUCGAAUAUUAAAGUUAAUAUAGUUUCAUAGAGUUCUGAAUAUUAGAUAUGCGAUAAUAAUCUUUGUGUUUAUUGAUGUAUGAGCAAAACGUAACCAAUCGAUACAAAAUCCUUUAUUGCAUAUUUAUAAUAUUAGAAUAAAAAAUAAAAAUUAUAUCUAUUUUAAUCGUUAUUUUUUGCGAUAUGAUAUCCAUCACAUGCUAUGUUCAGUUAAAAUUAUAUUGUCUUGUAUAAAUAACAUUAAUCACAAAAAAAAGAGAGAUAUGUUAAAUGAAGUGAUUGGUCUCUGAGAAAAUCUAUUGUAAAACCUCACGAACUUCCGGGCUCUAAUUAUGAGUAAAUUCUUAUUAUACUUGGACAUGUAGUUACUCUUAAUUAUUAACCUAUUUAUACAUACCAUAUUAUUUAAUCUAAAUCCUAAUAAGUUUGAUGAAGUAUAUUUUUAUAUUUUAAUGGUCCAUUUUAUUUAUUUUCAUAAUAAUACAACUUAUGUAUUUUGUUAGUAAUAACAAUACAGCUUCCUAGCUUGAUUAUGUGAUAAAAUUUGAUACGUUUACUUAUAUUUACACACAUACACACACACGACACCACACCACACCACACCACACCACACCACACCACACCACACCACACAUACAUAUAUGUACUCGUAUAUAUUUGCAGAUAAAUAUGUACAGGGUAUUCCCAACCCACAACUUGCGAUCAUAAUGUGAGACACCCUGUAUAUUUGUAUGAUAUUCAUACAUUGUAAAAGAAUUAGAUUCAUGCAAAUGUCCGCAUCUAACAGAUGACGAGAACCUAUUUCAGUAACGACACCGACAUCCAUCGCUGUGCUAAAACUUUAUUCAACAUUCAUCAAGCUAUUUAUUUGAUCGACUUUUAAGUUGCGCAUAAAUAGGAAAUAAGUGAUAAACCAUUGUAAGGCAAUAUUCAUUUCAGGCGAUCUUCUGCAUAUGGCAUGUCUCCACAUACGAAAUUUACUAUUUCUAUUAUAACUCUCUUAUAAUAUUGUGUUAAUCAUAGUUAUACUUCGAAAUAUUUAAAUUACUUUUUUUGUUUUAUAGAAAAAUCUAGCGUUUAUAUAUAUUGAAACAAAAAAAUUAAAUUUAUCUUAAUCCUCGUUAAUUGCCUAUGUGUGUAAAUAACAUAUGUGUGUAUAAAAAUGAGUAUUUUCAUAAAUGAAAGAGCUUUAAAUUAUAUUGUUUCUGAGAUAAUAUCCCGUUUGUUUAGCGUGUUAAAAACAGUAUAAUAAUGCUUUUCUAAAUCUCUUGAAGCUAUACCUUUCAUAGUAUAAGUUUUUCCUUAGGACCUUUGUAAAUAUGAGCAUGAGGUGUCCUGUUUCUCUUCUAUCAUAGUAAUAUAAUAUCUAUCCCCUAUUUGGAAUUGUACAACCAGUAAUAUAAAUAAAAUGUAUUAUAGAUUGUUGUAGUUA